UCUAGCGAUAUUAUCGAAGCGCAAAACGAGUAGCAGGAUCUGUUGUUUUUGUUCUUUUUCGUUUUCUACGAGGAAGGAAAAUAACAAUAACAGAGGAAGAAAGAAAAUUACACAGUUUCAAUUUCAGUAUCAGCUACACUUUUUAGAAAUGGCUACUCUAUCAAGCUUCAUCGCUACGCCGAAGAAUCCCAAUACCCACUUUCUCUCAGGUUCCUCAUUGACGAUGGACAAAUGCUUCUUGAAAAUCAGCUCCAGUGAACACUUUCCAGGUUCCUCUUUAAAGACUAAAGCAACACGUAACCAGCCACUUGUUAUUCGAGCAGGUGGUGAUGGUGGAAGACCAAGUAGUGGAAGUGGUUUUGUUGGUGGUUUUGUAUUGGGAGGACUAAUUGUUGGAGCAUUGGGUUGUCUAUAUGCACCUCAGAUAAGCAGGGCACUAGCUGGAGCUGACAGUAAAGACUUAAUGAGGAAACUUCCAAAAUUCAUGUAUGAUGAAGAAAAAGCUCUAGAGAGGACUCGCAAGGUGCUAACUGAGAAAAUAGCACAGUUGAACUCUGCCAUAGAUGGUGUUUCUGCACAGUUGCGGCCAGAUGAAGACUCAAAUGAAAUUGCCCUGAACUCAGAGGAAAUUGAAGCUUCCAUAUAAUUAAAGCAAUUUACGAUGUCUAAGCACAGAUUAUCAUCUUUUUUUCGUAGUUAAGAAAAUACUAACUUUGGUUAUUGGAUUAAAGUUUUAGGAGUUAAGUUUGCUUAUGACAUUUAACUAUUUCUUUUUAUAAUGGUUCGUUGUUUACAUAUGGUAUAUCUAGUGAGAAUACUGGUUUAUUGUGAGAAAUAAGAACUAUAAAUUUGAAUUUUGAUCAAGAUUAAAAGUAAGUUAGUAAUCA